AUGCCUGCUGCUGGAUUAAACUUACCUGGCGCCGGGUUCAGGGUGAUCAACAACUCUCUGACCCCGGGCGGAGGCUCACCAGUGCACUCCGGUGGGUUGAAGCCCGCGACGGACCCUAAUCGGGUUCUCUCGGACGUACACUUUUUGCUAGUGGGGAGGCCUCGUGCUUCCCUCCAUUUUUCACAAAGACAAUCCCAACCUUGCUCUACUCUACUCAUCUACACUUUGCCUCAACACACUCAUCUAUCUCCCCUCGUCGCCGAUUACUCCUGCCCCAUUUACACAACUUGCCAGUCCUCACCGAUAUUCCCUUUAUCACUACACAUCUCUCAUACUUUGCACACUUUCACAGCAUCCUCCUAA